CCUUCUGGGCUUGAUUGCCUAGAACCCUCCCAUUCCGGGAGCUGAAGCAGGAAGAAGGUGGGGCCUGCAUUCACAUGGCCCGGGAGGUCACUCUCACUUCUGGGGUCUUCCAAAGCCAGGGCCUGGACACAGGAAAUGCAACCCCAGCGCCUGGAGUCCAGAGUUGGGAUGGGAACAGUCUGCCUGGAAUACAGCCGUCACAGACCCUAUGAACCUAUCAGAACGAUAUCUCAAAGUACAUUCUGCUUCCACUUUAACAACCUACACUAUGCCCAAGGCCGAAAUGAUACCUUCUUGUGCUAUGAAGUGAAUAGAAAGGACUGCGAUUCACUUGUCUCCCUUCACCAAGGGGUCUUUAAGAAAGAGGGUGUCGACCACGCUGAACUCUGCUUUUUGUACUGGUUCUAUGACCAAGUACUGAAAGUCAUGUCCCCGAGGGAAGAGUUCAGAAUCACCUGGUAUAUGUCCUGGAGCCCCUGCUUCGUUUGCGCAGAGCAGGUAGCCAGGUUCCUGGCCACACACCACAACCUGAGCCUGGCCAUCUUCUGCUCCCGCUUCUACUACCCAAACUAUCCGCAGAAGCUCUGCAGCCUGAUUCAGGAAGGAGCCCAGGUGGCUGCCAUGGACCUACCAGAAUUUAAAACGUGUUGGAACAAGUUUGUGGACAAUGGCGGCCAGCCAUUCAGGCCUUGGAAGAGACUGCAUAAAAAGUUUAAAUACCAGGAUUUCAAGCUUCAGAAGAUUCUCAGACCUUGCUACAUCCUGGGCCCUUCCAAUUAUUCACUCACCCUGUCAAAUGUCUGUCUAACAAAAUGUCUCCCAGAGAUGAGGUUCUUGGUGGAGUGCUGCCAAAUAAGUCUGCUAAGAGAAGAGGUGUUCUACUUGCAGUUUAACAACAGCCACUGGGUCCAGCCAGUCGGGAAUCACUACUACCGCCGGAAGCCCUACCUUUGCUACCAACUGGAGCAGCCCAACGGCCAAAAGCCACUCACAGGCUGCCUCCUAAGCAAGAAAGGGAGACAGCAUGCAGAAAUCCUCUUCCUGGAAAAGGUUCGUUCCAUGCAGCUGAGCCAAGUGAGAAUCACCUGCUACCUCACCUGGAGCCCCUGCCCAAACUGUGCCUGGCAACUGGCUGCUUUCAAAAUGGAUCACCCAGACCUAAUUCUACGCAUCUAUGCCUCCCGCCUGUAUUUCCACUGGAGGAGGGCAUUCCAGAAGGGGCUGUGUUCUCUGUGGCAAUCAGGGAUCCAGGUGAACGUCAUGGAUCUCCCAGAGUUUACUGACUGCUGGACAAACUUUGUGAACCCGCAAAGGCCAUUUAUGCCAUGGAAUAAACUGGAGAAAAACAGCUGGCGCUCGCAAAGGCGGCUCCGCAGGAUCAAGGAGUCCUGGGGCCUGCAAGAUUUGGUGAAUGACUUUGAAAAUCUACAGCUUGGACCCCCGCUGCCCUGAAUGGCAAGAGGCAAGAGAAGAUUCAAGUCUAGGAAACCUUUUGCUCUCUCA